GAGAACCACCGAGGAACCAUGGGCGCCGGGAGCUCCACUGAGCAGCAGAGCCCGGAGCCGCCUCCGGCCGAGGACACCACACCGGCCGAGCCCGAGUCCAGGGGCGGUAGCCCCUCGGCCGAGGCGGCGCCCUGCACGACCGAGGAUCCCGCCAUCGCCGCUGAGGACCCGGCGGCCAAGCUCCUGCAGAAGAAUGGCCAGCUGUCCACCCUCAAUGGCAUAGCGGAGCAAGGCGAGCUCAACCUGCAGGAGGGAGACCUGAGUGGCCAGGAGGAAGCAGAAGUCAUCCUCCCUGAGGUUGGACAGCGAGAGUCUGAAAAUGUGAGCGAGAAAGACUCAGCUAAAGACAUGGCUGCCGUCUCUGAGGCUGUGGAGGAAGUCAGCAGGCAGGGGCAGGAGGGCGUGCCGGAAGUCAUCCCACACGUCGCUUCUUCAGAGAGCAACUUAGAAGAGCUGGCACCACCUACCGAGGCCCAAAGUAACGACGUGGGAUUUAAGAAGGUGUUCAAGUUUGUCGGCUUCAAAUUCACCGUCAAGAAGGAUAAGACCGACAAGACUGACGCCGUCCAGCUGCUCACUGUCAAGAAAGAAGAAGGCGACGGAACCGGAGGCUCCAUCGGGGCAGGUGACCACCAGGAGCCCAGCUGCGAGUCUGGGGAGGCGACAUGCAAAGAGGGUGAACUCCAGCAGCCCACGGAGAAGCCGGAAGACAGCCAGGUGCCGGAGCAGAGCGACGCGGCGCAGCCUCCUCCCGAGGCCGGCCAGGCAGCCGAGGAGGACAAAGAGCAAGGAGAGGAAAAGCAAGAGAAGGACGCCAGCAAGUCCCCGGAGUCCCCCACCAGCCCCGUGGCCGGUGAAACCGCGUCGCCCUUCAGAAAGUUCUUCACCCAAGGCUGGGCCGGCUGGCGCAAGAAGACCAGCUUCCGGAAGCCCAAGGAGGAUGAGGCGGAUGCUGCCGAGAAGAGAAAGGAGCAAGAGGCGGAGAGAAGCGAGGCCGAGGGGAGCGGCCUGCCUCCUGGAGGCCCAGACGAGAGGCCCGCGGCCUCGGAGCCCGCCCCGGCCGGCAGCGCGGCGGAGGCCCGGCUCUCGGCCGACUACGAGAAGGUGGAGCUGCCCUUGGACGAGCAGGUCGAUGGGGCCGCGGCAGAGCGGGCCGCCCCGCUGGCCACAGAAGUGUUCGACGACAAGGAGGAAGGCCCGCAGGAAGUCGUGGCCGAGGUUCACGUCGGGUCCGCGGCGGCCCAGCAGAGCGGGCAGCCUGAGCCCCCCGAGGCCGCAGAGCCCGCCCCGGCUCCAGAUGCGGGGUCUCAGCCGGCUGAGCCCGCCCAGGAGCCGGCCACGGGCACCGACGUGUGCCCUCCUGACGGAGACCAGCCGCCGCCACCACCAGAACCGAGUCCUGAGGACAAAGCGCCCUCAAAGCCAUCCGAAGGCAUCCUCAGCGAGGCGGACGUGCUGGCCUCGCAGGAGAAGGCCAAGGCUCAAGGAAGCCCCUUGAAGAAGCUCUUCAGCAGCACUGGCUUAAAGAAGCUCUCUGGAAAGAAGCAGAAAGGCAAGCGGGGAGGUGACGAGGAGGCCGGCGACCAGGGUCAGGCUCCGGCCGACUCCCCCGACAGCGCCGACGAGCAGCGCGGGGAGAGCUCGGCUUCCUCGCCCGACGAGCCCGAGGAGGUCAUCCGCGUGGAGAAAGGCCCAGCAGAAGGGCACCAGGAGGGGGACGCGGAAGAAGGAGCCGCUUCCGACGGCGAGAAGAAGAGAGAAGGGGUCACCCCGUGGGCCUCGUUCAAAAAGAUGGUGACGCCCAAGAAACGCGUCCGGAGGCUCUCCGAGAGCGACAAAGAAGACGAGCUAGACAAGGUCAAAAGCGCCACCUUGUCCUCCACGGAAAGCGCGGCCUCCGAGCUGCAAGAAGAAGUCAGAGGAAGCGCAGAAGAGCCGAAAGUGGAAGAGCCGAAGCGCAAGGUGGACACCUCGGUGUCUUGGGAGGCGUUGAUUUGCGUGGGAUCAUCCAAGAAAAGAGCCAGAAAGGCGUCAUCUUCCGACGAGGAAGGGGUGCCCCGAACGACGGGCGGAGACGGCCAGAGGGCAGAAGAGGCGGGCAAAGAAGCAGGGUCAGAGGCCAUCCCUGCCGGUUCGCAAGAACGUGACCAAGCGGCCGGAAGCUCCUCGCCGGAGCCAGCUGGGAGCCCGACCGAGGGCGAGGGCGUCUCCACCUGGGAGUCCUUCAAGAGGUUGGUCACUGCCAGGAAGAAAUCAAAGUCAAAGCUAGAAGAGAAAAACGAGGACUCUGCUCUCGAGCACUCGGCUUCCGAUGCUGAACCCGGGAAAGAAGAAUCUUGGGUUUCCAUUAAGAAACUUAUUCCUGGACGCAGAAAGAAAAGGCCAGACGGAAAACAUGAACAAGCCACUGCCGAAGAUGCAGGGCCGGCAGAUGCUACUGCGGAAGAUGACCCUGACGUGCCAGCCGUGGUGCCCUUGGCCGAGUACGAUGCUGUGGAGAGAGAGAAAAUGGAAGCACAGACGAGCCUGGCAGAGCCCGAGCCCGAGCCUGCAGAGCCCGGGAAGAGCCUGGUGCACACAGUGGCCGUCACCAGCGUGGAAGAGCGGUCUCCUUCUUGGAUCUCCACUUCGGUGACAGGGCCCCUCGAACCGGCCGAAGAGGAAGCCGCAGCACCCGCAGCAGAGGGGUUGGAGACAAAAGUCACCAAAGAAGAAGGCCCCGAGGCUCCCGAAGCUAUGCCAGAGAGCCCAGCUGCCCAUGACGACACUGUUGUUGGCACCAAGGAAUUAACUCCUGGAGCCAUGGAAACCACCGAGAUGCCUGCUGCCGAGGAAGCCACCGAAGCAUCCGGUGCUGAAGAGACCACCGAGAUGGUGUCGGCAGUGUCCCAACUGACCGACUCUCCUGACACCACAGAGGAAGCCACCCCUGUUCAGGAGGUCGAAGGGGUGGCACUGGACGUUGAAGACCAACAGAGGCGGACUCACGCAGUCCUACAGGCAGCUGCAGAAAAAGUGAGAGAGGAAUCAGGGCUGCUGGACACCAGUGCGCCUCAGGACACGGUGCUGACCUUGCAGAAAGUAGCAUCCAAAAUUCUAGAGAAGGUAGAGGAAGCAGAGGAGGAUUCUGCAGAGGUGGAGUUGAAGACAGAGGUGCGUGCAGAGCCAGAAGGACACCCACAAGGAACUGAAGAGCUCACGGUGCAGACCAGCCCCGAGAGCUCUGAGGAAAGUCCUGGAGUCACAGAGAGUGUAGGAUCCAGUGAGCCAUUCAGCACUUGUCAAGCUGAAGCGAUAGCUGAGGAAAAACUCCAGGAAAUUGCAAUGGAGCAGGCUGUUCCCCGUGACUCCCCCGAAACCUUUACAGACAGUGAGACCGACGGAAGCACCCCCGUGGCAGAACCAGAAGCUCCAGAUGCCACAGGGCAGGUCCACGUCAUGGAACUCCCCGAGCUCACACCUGGCACCCAGUCGGAGGUGGCAGAAGCAGAGGCGGAGCCUGUACAGAAAGAGAGACCUCCAACACCACCUGCGCUUGAGUCCCAGGAAGAAAAUAAGGAAACAGCAGAAGUUGCCAAGCAUUCAGAGGAAAAAAUCUCAGUGGAAACUGUGCCCGUUCAGUCCUGGACUGAGGUAACACAAGAUGUCGGCCAGUUUGCUGAUGAAAUCAAAGGCAAAGGAGGUGAGGUGCCUGCGGAGACAGACAUAGCAGCCGGGCAGGAAGAGACCCCAGAAGUUGCCGUCCAAGAGGAAGUAGUCAAAGGAGCAGGAUGUCCAAAAGAUGAUGAGAGUCACCUGUGGGCUCAUGCCAGUACAGAGGAGAGGGAGGUGGAAGUUGAAGCAGAAAGUGAGAAAAGUGGAGGAGAGCGCACAUCUGCAGGAUGCAGCAAGCAGCUGGUUCAAGCAAGUGAUGCCGCUGUCACUGACGAGGAGAAAGAAGUAAGCUCAGGGGAAAGCCCUGCUUGCCUGGAGCAAGAGGAGGCGGAGUGUGUUGAAGUUCAAGUUCAAAGCUCUGAGGCCUCUUUACAAACUCUUGUAGCUGCAGCAGUGGAGGAGAAGGUUGUAGAAGAAACCAUCAAGAUUUUAGAAACAGGGGAGACUUUGGUGUCUGCAGGUGCACAUUUUGAACUAGAAGAGAAGUCCUCUGGACAAGAUGACUUGAUGGCUGAGCCAGGGGAAGGUGCCGUGUCCACUGCACCUGAGGUUCAGACAGGGUCUGUGACAGUGACAGCAGGUGCUGCUGCUGAAGUCGAUGUAAGUUCUGAGCCAGAAGAAGACAAGAGCGCAUCACAGAAGUGGACGUUGGAGGAAGCCGGGCAGCAGGUGACCUGUGAAGAUGUCAGAGUGAGUGUACCACGAGAGGAAGAGACGAAGGCUGAAAACGAGAUUUUGGAACUUGAGACUGAGAGCAGUAAACUUGUCCAGAACAUCAUUCAGACAGCUGUGGACCAGUUCAUACACACUGAAGACACGGCCGCUGAAACGUCGGCAGCUGACCUACAGGCACAGGUGCACCUGAUGACAGCUAUUAGCCAGGCAACUGGACAGAAACCAGAGAAGGAAGACCACGACAGUCAGGUGUGCACACAGGAAGAGGCACUUGUUCUUGAAGCCACAAAGGAGACAGAGCUCACCUUGGGAGGACAGGUGCCCGAGGAACCCUCCAGAGAAAGCAAUGAAGUCUCAGAGACCACCCUGGCUGGUGAGGUAGAAAAUUCCAGUGUCAGUGGCCAGCAGCCUGAAGAGGUGAUUCCCGCAUCCAAGGAGGAGGAGGAGGGUAGCAUCCUUGCACCAUCUGUGCCAGGAGACGAUGGCUGUGCUGUGUUAACAGAAAGAACAGAGGAGUCACGACUCGAACCCAAACAAGUUGAGAAAAGUGAUGCUGUUGAAGAUCCAGAGAACCAGAUCUCAGUCCUGGCACAUGAAGAUGCCACAGGAGACUUAACCAAAGAGUCCCUAGAUACAAAUGGACCAAAACUAAAAGAGACCCAAGAUGCCCCGCACGUAGAAGAUCCGGAAGGAAGAGCGUACAGCGACUCAGACCAGGAGAUCAAGACCCAGAGGCAGGAGACGCAGAAACCAGAGAGCAAGCCUGAACCUGCAGAAUCCCAGGACGCCGUCUAAGCUCGUCAUGCCCUCGCGAGAGCAGACUGUGAAGACUGCUGGGAGAAGAAUGAACGGAGGAGUGCUGCCGCGGCUGCUGCUGAGACCCAAGCCCAGUGCUGGAGGACGGCGAGCCGGGAGUGCAGCCCAGCCCCGUGCUCGUACAGGGAGAGCCCCCCGACAAUCCUGAGGCUUCAUCAGGAGCUCCAGCCAUUUAACACUUCCCCUUCUCAAGGCCCUCCUAUUAUUUUCCCUUGAUACCAUAUAAUGUUUCUGAUUUAAGGUCCUCAAUUCUUAACCUGGAACUGGAGUUGGCAAUACCUAGUUCUGCUUCUCAAACUGGAGUAUCUUCCUUCGUGUGCGUGUGUGUCCCAUGUAACCCUCCUUCUGUAUCUAGUGUUUUUUUCCUACUGUUUAAGCAAGCGUGCAGGACAGUACAAGCCCUCUCUACCAUCCAGUAGAUAACAGGGCAGGCAGCCUUAGUGACCUUGGGAAGGUUCAAGCCUCAAUCCUAAUCCCUAAAAAACCAAGCUUCCUACACAUAACAUUCCUGAUCAGCAGGCAACACAAUUCUUAUUUUUAAAUCUACUAUAGAUCUAUGCUUUCCUAUUAGGCACAGUGGGCUAAAAAUAAAAAAGCAUUUUGCAACAUACUGAAUGUCCCAUUGUUACUGUGAAAUUUUUCUUCCUAACCCAGCAGUUUGGGAAGCAGUGCUGUUCAGCGGUGGAUUAAACUUUGUCUUUUCUCUGAAUUGUAAUGGUGGUUUGUAUAGAUGAGUGAGCUGAAUUCUGAGGCAGAGUUGGAAAAUGUUUUUCGUGUUGUGAAGAACUGAUAGGUUAUAAGAAUUGGUUUUAGAACAUGCCGGGCCACAUACACAGAGGGGAACAAGUCUUUAUAAAUGAUAUUUUGAUAGAUACUGGGUUGUGUCUGUGCCAUGAUUGUACCCUUCUUUAAGAACACUGUUAUGUUAUUAUGUUCAUUUGGAUAAAUUGUCAUUUGACAACUGGUUUCAAUAAAAUAUUUGCUU